UACAGCGCUACGUUCUAUAAUAUUCGUAUUAUUACAAGUAAAAAGUAAAAAAAAAAAAUCAUCAUCAUCAUGACUGAUAAAGUUGCAUCACCAGUACCAGAAGUUGCUUCUCCAGCAAAAGCAGAAGUUGUGAAGAAGACUGCUGCUGUCAAAGCAUCAAAGGCCAAGUCACCAAAAGCACCAAAGGUACCAAAGGCUCAUCCAAGCACUGCUGAUAUGGUACAAGCUGCUGUCAAGGCUCUUGCUGAACGCAAUGGAUCAUCACUUCAAGCCAUCAAGAAGUACAUGGCUGCCAAUUACAAGCUUGACACCGAGAAACACGCUCAGUUCAUCAAGAAGUAUCUCAAAUCAGCUGUUGUAUCUGGUGAUCUUGUACAAACCAAGGGCAAAGGUGCAUCUGGAUCUUUUAAACUUGCUCCAGCUAAGAAACCAGUUAAAGCUGAAGCUAAACCAAAAGUUGCCAAAAAACCAGCAUCACCUAAGAAGGCAACAGUUGGCAAGAAACCAGCCGCAGCUAAAAAGACUGAAACAGCCAAGGCCAUCGCCAAAAAGGUCACUUCACCAAAGAAGCCAGUUGCUGCUAAAAAACCAGCUGCUGAGAAGAAAGCUGUUGAAGCCAAGGUUGUCAAACCAAAGGUUUCUAAAAGUCCAAAAGCCAAAAAAGCAACUAAAGCUCCAACUGCCAAACCAAAAUCACCAAAACCAAAAAAAGCUGUACCAGCCAAAUUAGCAACAAAGGCAUCACCAAAAAAGGCACCAGCAAAAAAAUAAAUCAUCAUAAAAAAAAAAUUCAAUCGGCCCUUUUCAGGGCCAGCAAAUUUUUCAAACGUUUAAAAAAAUUAUUUAAUUUCUUUUCUUAUUUUUAAUAGGUACAAAAUUUAAUUGCAUUAAUUAGUUAAUUGAGA